UGAGAUGACAGAGUAUUUUGCAUAAUUUUAAAGUUAAUUUGUUUAAAGUAACAACUGAUGCAAAGUUAUCAGUUCCUCUAAUGUCGACAAGGCCAUCGUUAACAGGUUUAUCAUAUGAUUUGUUAAAAAUACAUGUAAGAGACAUGUUGAAGAAUAUAUUGAAAAGCUUUCUGAUUCUGGCGGGGACUUCUAUUGCAGUACCUUACAUCUUUACAUCAGUCAGUAGUGUCCUCUAUGGCUGGAGUGAAAGUAAAAAAUCUAGAGUCAGAAGAACUCUGAACCCAUUUAAAGUGAUGGCAUUCAGUUACACACUGCUGCAGAUGAUGCACACUAAAAUAAGAUAUAUACCUUUGUGUAUACAAUGGAAAAUGUUUUAUAGCUCUGCAAAGCCAUCUCAAGUUCUGAAGAAUCUAUCAUAUGGGAGGAAUGAGGAGACUUUGGAUUUGUACUUCCCAUCAUCAAACAAAGGGCAGACAAGUCUGCCUGUUGUAGUGUUUAUAUACGGUGGAGCUUGGUCCAUGAAGAAUAAAGCAAUGUAUGGGCUUCUGUGUUCAGAGCUGGCCAAUAAACUUCAAGCAGUGGUUUGCUGUCCCAACUAUUCUGCUUAUCCUAAGGGUUAUGUGGAUGACAUGAUUCAGGAUGUGGUAGACUGUUUAAGCUGGAUCAGUGAAAAUGUUGGGGACUAUGGAGGCAACAAGAACCAGGUGAUGAUGAUUGGUCACUCCUCAGGUGCCCACCUUUGUAUAAUGGCAAUCCUAGAAUUGCUGCAUGAUGAAAUUCUGAAUGCAGAGAGCAUGCCUCCUCAUGAACCAGUGGUCCCACAGAUUCAUUUUGAGGAGUCUCACUAUAGAAAAGAGGACACAAAUGGACAGAAUGGUCUGGAUGGAAGCUCAGGGUCUUCAGGCUCGUUCUGUGUGCUAAAUGAAAAUGGGGAUAAGAAGGAUGGUUUAGAGGCCAGUAACACUAGUAGUACUUUUGAAGUGUUAAGUGAACCUGAAACAGGUGCUAUGGAGGAAUCUGUAGCUGCAGGUUAUGUUCAACCUGAGGUAGAAACAGAGAGUGAAAAACCAGAGGUGGAUGCAAGUGAAAGUGACAAGCAAGGAGUGGAACAACUUGAGAGUAAGGAGUCCAAGGAGGAGACUGAGGAGGACACUGAUAGGAAACACGAGGAUUCGGAGGAGGAAGAUGCUGGAAGUGAUAAGGACUCUGUAAUAACUGUGAGGUCUAGCGAUCGGCAAAGAUCACUGAUAGAAAUUGGAAAGUCAGUUAAAGCUAUCAUAGGUUUAGCUGGGGUGUAUCAUAUAGGAGAUCACUAUGAACAUGAAACUUCUCGUGGAGUUGAGGAUGUGUCCUGUAUGGCAAGGGUUAUGUAUGGAAAUAGUCAUUUUGAUAGGUUUUCACCCACUCAAUUAUGCCACUCACUUUCUAGAGGAGUUAGGUUACCAAAGAUUGUGCUACUUCAUGGAACAAAUGACUAUGUUGUGCCCACUUCUUCCACUAACAAGUUUGCUGAUGUAUUGCGGUAUUUAUAUGUCGACGUGGCUCUUCAUAUCCUCCCGGGCUGUGAUCACUAUGAAAUUUGUCUAGAUUUGAUGAAGCCUAAUCGUAAAUUUUAUGAACUAGUUAUGGGGAUUAUACUGCAAACUUCAAAAACUGUUUUCUCCAAUAAUAAGUGAUUUUAAUUCUAAGAGUGAUAAUCUGUUGUCUUAUUCAAAGAGUCAUUCCAGUGUCUAUUUGCCAUGAAAUGGUAUGGUAUCUUAUAAAAUGGUCAUCUGCAGGAAUUCUACAAUGUAAGCUUAUAGGUUUUGAUUUUAAUCGAACCAUCAAAAGCAUCUUUUUGAGUUUACAAUGAUCAAGCAAUAUUGUUUUUUUUUUUUUUAAUUUGUAAGACAGUUAAAAAAAAUGUUGAGAGUAUUAACUGACAUAGUUAAA